AUGAACACGCCCUCGACCAUCACCGACGCCGUCUCGCGGCGCCUGCACCUGCAGUCCAACCACCCCAUUUCCAUCACGCGCCAGCUGAUCGAGUCGCGCUUCCCGGGCUUCCAGUUCCACAACGACCUGUUCCCCGUCGUCAGCGUGCAGCAGAACUUCGACUCGCUGGGCUUCCCGGCCGACCACCCCGGCCGCAGCCGCACUGACACGUACUACCUGAACAAAAACACGGUGCUGCGCACGCACACGUCGGCGCACCAGGCCGACACGUUCCGUGCCGACACGGCGCCCGGCUACCUCAUCAGCGCCGACGUGUACCGCCGCGACGCCGUCGACCGCAGCCACUACCCCGUCUUCCACCAGAUGGAGGGUGCGCGUACCUGGGACCGCAACGCGCUGGAUGGCCACUCCAGCCUGGCCAGCCUGGUCUGGAGCGAUGUCGAGAAACUGCCGCGCCACGACAUCAAGGUCGAGGACCCCAACCCCACCUUCCACGCCGAGCGCAACCCGCUGCAAACCCAGCACGGCCACGCCGCGGACGAGGUUGAGGCCAUCGCCACGCACUUGAAGCGUUCGCUCGAGAACGUCGUCGUCGAGAUCUUCGCCCAGGCCAAGAAGGCCACGGGCGCUGCUACGGCCGCCGACGAGCCCCUCCGCGUCCGCUGGGUCGAGGCCUACUUCCCCUUCACGUCGCCGUCCUGGGAGCUCGAGGUCUUCUGGCAAGGCGACUGGCUCGAGGUGCUCGGUUGCGGCGUCGUGUCGCAGCCGAUCCUGAAUGCAGCAGGUGUGCCGACGCGCCUAGGCUGGGCCUUCGGGCUGGGCCUCGAGCGCAUUGCGAUGCUCCUCUUCGGGAUCCCCGACAUCCGACUGUUCUGGUCCGUAGACUCGCGGUUCCUGUCGCAGUUCCAGGCGCCGUCGGACGCGGCCGCCGCCAACGGCGACUGGCACAUUGCGCGCUUCGCGCCCUUCUCCAAGCACCCGGCCGCGCCGCGCGACGUGGCGUUCUGGCUGCCGGGCAGCAGCGGGGCGACAGCGAGCAGCUCGGCGGCGGGCGGCCGCGUCGCCGCGCCCUUCCACGACAACGACGUCAUGGAGAUAGUGCGCCAGGAGGCGGGCGACGUGGUCGAGGACGCGCGCUGCAUCGACGCGUUUACGCAUCCGCGCUCUGGCCGCUCCUCGCGCUGCUAUCGCGUCGUCUACCGCAGCCUGGAGCGCACGCUCACCAGCGAGGAGGUCAAUGCGCUGCAUGAGCAGAUUCGGGCGCGGCUGGUGGAGCGCCUGGGCGUGGAGCUGCGGUAG